AUGUCGGGUAAAACACAGGCUGAGCUCAGAAAAUUGAAGUUGGCAGAACUGAAGAAGCUUUGUGUCCUUUCUUCACUCCCCGUUUCGGGAUCCAAACAAGAACUGGUAGAUCGCAUUCUUGCACACGAAGCUGGCGACUCGGUGGUAACGGUUCAGCCGGAAGAGGAAGCUGAGUUGUUAGACGAAGAUGAUAUUGCUGCGGACGAUGUUGUUGUAGUUGCACCAACCACAGUACUCUCUACUGAGGAUCAACAGCCACGGUUGGGAGCACCUGCUGAAAAUGACUCGGAUAAAACCGCCACACCUAUUGUGAAAACCGACAUCUCCAAGAUGACACAGGAGGAGCGGAUCGCCCUUCGUAAACAGCGUUUCGGUGACAGUAGCGAUGGCUCUGUAAAUACCACCGGUAAUACGCCAUCUCAUAGGCCGCUUGGAAACGCUGCUGAUUGGGAGAAGAGAAUGGAGAGAGCUAGACGAUUUGGUCUACCAGUUACGACAGUACCGAAAUCGGACUCAGAACGAUGGAAAGCACGAGCACUGCGGUUUGGUGUUAAUGGUUCCAAACAGGCAAUUUUUUGUUUAGCAUACUACUUUCACUUCAAUACUUGUCAAUAG